CGAUAGUGGCGGAGGCUGCGCACAGUCUCUCGCAAGAUGGCCGCCCGCGCCCACAUCGCCGCGCUGCUGCUGCUGCUGGCUGUGGCGCGACCCUCGCACGAGCGAGAUGUGUAUCACAAGUUGUCACGCAGUGUCGACACGAUCACGCCGAACAUUCCCGAGGCAGAGCUCGAUCAGCAGUUCUGGUACGAUGAGGCGCAGGCAGCUAUCAAAGCCCGGCUGGAGCGCAAAGAGAGCGUCAAGAAAGCACGCAACGUGGUCAUGUUCCUGGGCGACGGCAUGUCCGUGCCCACACUCGCGGCCGCGAGGACACUGCUCGGCCAGCGGCGUGGAGAAACCGGCGAGGAGGCACAACUUGCCUUUGAGAAGUUCCCCACGACGUACUGCGUGGACGCGCAGGUCGCGGACUCGGCGUGCUCGGCCACGGCGUACCUGGGAGGCGUGAAGGCCAACAUCGCCACCAUCGGCGUGAGCGCACGCGUGCAGCACGGCGCGUGCGCGGCGGCGCGCGACCCCGCCCACCACGUGCACUCCAUCGCAGAGUGGGCGCUCAGCGACGGACGAGACGCCGGUAUCGUGACGACGACGCGCGUGACGCACGCGUCCCCGGCCGGGGCGUACGCGCACACGGCGCACCGCGACUGGGAGGCGGACGCCGACGUCGCCGCCAGCUGCGCGCCGCCGCUGCAGGACGACAUCGCGCUGCAGCUCGUGCGCUCCUACCCCGGGGACCACUUCAAGGUAAUUUUAGGAGGAGGGCGUCGAGAGUUCCUACCAAAUUCCACAAUCGACGAAGAAGGCUCGAGGGGUAAGAGAUUGGACGGCAGAAAUUUGAUCGAGGAAUGGCAAGAGAACAAGCGAGCGCGGAACGUCAGCUACCAGUACGUGUGGAAUCGCGACCAGCUGAUGGAAGCGUUAGAGGAGCUGCCCGAGUACUUGCUGGGCUUGUUCGAGGGCAGUCACAUGCAGUACCACAUGCAAGCCGACCCCACCACCGAGCCCACGCUGGCGGAGCUCACCGAGGUGGCCAUUCGCUCGCUCAGCCGAAAUGAAAACGGAUUUUUCCUUUUCGUCGAAGGCGGACGUAUUGAUCAUGCCCACCAUGAAAACUUGGUGCAGCUGUCGCUGGACGAGGCAAUAGAGCUGAGCGAGGCGGUGGCGCGCGCCGCCCAGCUGCUGUCCGAAGAGGACUCGCUGCUGGUGGUGACGUCGGACCACGCGCACGUCAUGACCCUUAACGGGUACACCCACCGCGGCAGCGACAUCAUCGGUCCCUCCGAUGAUAGAGGGGACGACGGCGUGCCCUACAUGACGCUGUCCUACGCGAACGGGCCUGGCUACCGGCCGCCCUCCGACACGGGUCUCCGCGAUGACAUUACCCAAUACAAUUACCAUGAUGUAAACUUUGCGUUCCCGGCGAGUGUACCACUGGACUCGGAGACGCACGGUGGGGACGACGUGGCGGUGUUUGCGCGCGGGCCGCACCACUCCAUGUUCACGGGGCUGUACGAGCAGAGCCAGCUGCCGCACCUCAUGGCGUACGCCGCCUGCAUCGGCCCCGGCAGACACGCCUGCCAACAUUGACGAACAAACAUAUGAUACUAAACCAUACUGUACCACUAGAAUAGAAUCACUCUAUCUCGUUAUUAUUUAGGCAAGAGAUAGUAAACAGGAAGUUGAUCAUAAUGGUGGUUGUUAUUAUUUAUAAAGUCUGAAAUAUAUAAAUAAAAAAAAUAUGUGUCAGGAAGUAUACAUUAAGUGUAUACUUGAUAUAUAAUUAUAGUUAUACGAACAUUUGCUUAAUAAUGCAUACAUUGUUUCCACCAAAGUAAAUACCUAUAUAAGCUUUCCAUCAUCUAAGUUGGUCGACCGUUUCGCCGUUUCGUUUCUAUACGCACAUCCCUCUACUUCCCUUAGUAAACAUGUAUAAAAUGAUUGCAGCGGUAACUGAUUUUGUUUGUUUUUACUAUAAAAUAUCGCGAUUGGUUUCGUAAUAUAUUGUUAUCAAACUAAAAAUUGAUUAUUAUCUCUAUCAACAACACUACACAAUCAGAUAAAGUCUUUGUCGUGAGUGAGUCACAUUGUCGCUAUCGGUACAAGGUCGCGGCCUCCGAACAUGUGGCUGCACUGCAUGUGGUAGGUACCGACACUACGACCAAACUUAGUUUUUAUCAAAAAACUAUCAAAUCUCUACAAUUACCCAAUAGCUUGGCGAAUGAAAUGACCGAUUCAUUUCAAUAGAAGCUAGUAAGAAGCUGUUUAACGUUCGCUUCUGAACCUACAACCUGUUUUAUUACCACGCUAAAUCUGGUUACAGUCCUACAAUUAAUUAAAUCAAUUCUUCGUUAUCAAGUAUCUUCAUCCUUCGUUAACAAGUAAGCCCGGUCACUGGUGGUCGGCGUCACGGAGAAUUAAACUUUAACAGCUUUCUUAGUCAUGUGUAGUGGCGCCCACCGUGGGACUGUUAAAGUAUUGUACGCACCAGUUCCUCAUACUCAACUGGUUCAAACCACUGGUACGCAGUGGUGGUGCGACGUGAAGGCGGCACCUGACAGAAUUGAAUAAAAGCCGCGAUCGACAACCGCCAAAAGUAGACAAACUUUGCCAAUUACAUAAAUUGCUCGUCUCUCAUUAAGCGGACAGCACGCGGGAAGUGCGCCCCAGGCCCCACUGCGCGCCCCUGCCUGCUCCGCGACGCAUCAGUAUUCAUUAAAAGCGCAAUUAGUAGAGUGCAUAGCCCUCGCGAAGGCGCGCCGCUCCUCUCAAAGUGAAACAUUACGAAAAUGUCAUUCGUCAAAAUUUCCCCGAAGAGAGUCGAGUCCGGGCGAGCUGUCGGCCGGGCGGCGCCCCCCCUCCCCCGCCCCGGGCCCAGCCCGCGCGGGGUGCGAGGGCUGCACUCCGGCAGUGGCGAGCGUCCGCCCUCGCAGCUCGCGCGCCUCGCGCCGCCUCCCGUCGCCUCGCGCUCUGCCGCCGACAAACUUUCGUCGCGCGAACCGACUCUAACUUUCGUCUCGUGUCCCAGUACUGCGGAGUUCGUGGGCGGCGGUGAUGUGAGCGGAGCGAGCGCCGCGCGACAUGGCGGACGACAGCACUAUCAUCGAGGGGACUGUCAAGUUCCGGGACGGGAAGAAGUGGAAGUCCCGGUGGUGCGUGAUGCGCAAGCUGUCACCGGUCGCAGAUUGCGUACACCUGCAGCUGUACCGCGACUCGAAGGCUCGCUGCGCAGGCGCGGCCAGCAAGGCGUCGCUCUCGCUGCAACACUACCUUGGCAGUGAGGCCGGGUUCACGCUGGACAAACACUCCAACACGCUGGCGCUCGUCUGCCGGGACCUGGUCGCCAUCCUCGCCUUCGAAACGCGAGAGCGCCUCAUCCAGUGGCAGGUGAAAGUUAGCGCACACCUGGGCGAGCCGCGCCACUACCUCGUGCUGGUGGGAGGCGCGGGGGGAGCGGGGGGCGCGGGCAACAAGCGCCUGCCGGCCGGCCCGGCGCGCCUGCACCUGCACGAGCGCCGCUUCGCCCUCACUGCCGGUGUACCGCCUCGACUGCUCGGCAUAUGGGAGCUGCCGCACCUCAGACGCUACGGUGUAGUCGAGGGCAGAUUCUGCUUCGAAGGCGGCUCGCACUGUGGCAAGGGCGAAGGACUUCAUGUGCUAAUUACUGACCAGGCCAAGGAACUGGCGCGUGACUUUGAUUUGGCCUCGCAGGGUCGCCUUUCACCAAGGAGAAGGCCGAAUAAUUUUAAAAAUAGCGAAGGUGCAGAAAGUCCAAAAUCCCAUAAAGCAUACCGGCCAGAUACCAGGCUCUCUGAGCUAAACACAAUAGACCACUCACUGCCGCCCUUAGACCUCCACAAUUACGAAGAGGGCUGUGAAGAGUCAGGAGGCAUCUCUCCGUAUUGGCCCUCUGCAGAAAGGACGAACUUUCAAGACAUGGGUCAUGGUGACACCGCGUCAGUGAACGAGACGGUGGAGGAGGCGGCCUCGUGGACCGGAGUAAGCAACGUGACGCUAGAGAGAUGCAUGAGCUGCAUCUCGAAGCUAGGGGCACUGUCACGGUCUUCUACGGCGGCGCUAACGCCUGGCGCUAAGCACUUUAACCCAGCGUGGACUAUGGAACCUGUUCACGAAACCCUUCCUACAGAACCCGCAGAGCUCACUCAACAUUGUGAUAUUCUUCUUAGUGCAACCGAUAAGACUGACGACGCUUGCCAUUGCCCGACAUGGCCUGAGCGGCCACCGGAGAGACCCCCCAAGCCCACCCGACUAGAGCUUAACCUCAAUAGGAAACCGGUGCCUCUCUGCCGCUGUUCUCAUAGCGUGCCAGAUGACAAACCCUGCAGAGUUGGACCCUACGAAAACUAUGAUGUACCCAAAGUUCCGCACCAAGAUGGUGAGUAUUACGAUACACCGAAACGACUCAAAGAGUGUUUAACUAGCGAAUUAUUUAAAGUUACUAAAAGUUCAACGUCGAAUGCAGUCAUUUUAAAAAAACCCUGCGGCUGUUUACUCAAGUUUGGCAAAAGAAGAAGAGAACCAACGAUAGUAGAUUCUGAAGAAAACUUUCAGCCAGCUAACUGUCCCUGUCAGCGGGUAACUGACUGGGCAAACAAUUGGAUCAAGUUACCAUACUGCAGAAAGAACACAGUCUCCAGUGACAAUCUGGUGCCUAACAAAGAAAAUGUAACGCCUAACAGUAGUGAUAGAUCCGCACUUUAUGCUACAAUAGACUUGUCAAGGAAGACUCGAAGAAAACAGAGGCCUUGUGACCGGCAUCUUGAUGCACCCGAGAGUGAGUCACUUCGAGGCUUAACUAGUUCUGCAGAAAUUGAUGACGGCCCAUUGGCCAACUAUGAGAAUCUUAGUUUUGCCUUAUCGUUGGAGCACUACGAAAAUGCCAAAGAUUUGUUAAGAAAGGUUGGGGUCACGCAAUCAGAGCUGGAUGCAAUUAGUGCUAAUUUAAAUCCUAACUCAUUUGUUUCAACAGAUGCCAGUCUUUGUACAAAAUGUGGGCACGCACAACAACAACGUUUUAACAAAACCAUAGCUCGAGACGAUGUAGCUGUUGGUGCGAAUGAUGAUUAUUUGUUGAUGGCACCCGAUGCCAGUAACAAAUUGGAGCAAAGUAAACCAUUGCCAGCAGGUUAUACUCCGAUGUCUCCGAUUGGAGGUUUUGCGUUUAAUACUCUAAAACAUCCUGCCAGGAGUCCUAUCAGUAGGCUACUCGAAGAAAAAUCAGCGAGUAACCCCACAUUGUGUGAAGAAAGCAGGCGGUCGGGUGCAACCGACGCUGAUGCGGCGUGCGCUGUCAGCACCGUCACUGAGCGACCUGACCGAAUUGAGUAUAGAAAACGUUCGAGCUCUGCAGACUCGUCACGAUUCCUUGAAGACGUGAAAGAAUUUGACGGAAGCAUCGGCAGUCAGGGUUCCACAUCCUCUAUUGAAACACUGCGUAAUAUCGCAGUCGAUGGGCGGCCUUCAACACCGUGUAACUGCACAGUGGAUAACAAGCAUUCAGAUGCAGACAGCUCAGAAGCAUCUAAAGGAGCACGUAGUAGGCUACCACCAGCUAGGCGCUCGUCUUCCGUUCCUGGCAAGGCGGGAGGGAACAGAGACUCGUCGAGUUCUAAUGACUCGGGCGUGUCAAGCUGCUCAUUGCGCCGAGGCGAGCUGUUUGAGUUGCCGCUUACGACGGCCGCAGCGCGGCGCC